CAUAUAUUUCUGUAUGAAUUUGUAGUUCGGCAAUGGAACGAGUAUUAACGAUGAAAACUAGCUAUUUAAAAGUAGUUUAACUUUCAAAUUUUAGAGUUCAGGAUAUAGUAAAAUUUAUAACCUCUUUUUACAUACUUAAUAUACACAUAUAUGUAGAUAUAUAUAUCAUAUGUAUAAAUUACUGAUGAGCUGACGUAAUGAAGAAAGAAAGGACUUGGAAAAAAAGUUUGAGAUUAUUUUGAAACUAUACUGAUGCACUGUUGAGAAAUCAGUUGGGAAAAGGAACUAGAAUCUCUAUAUUUAUUUUUAUUUGUUAUCAGGAGUUGGGAAAAGGAACUAGAAUCUCUAUAAUUAUUUUUAUUUGUUAUCAGGAGUCAUGUAUGAUGAUAAUCCCUUAUCUCUUCAAGAAUAUUGUGUUAACUUCAUCAGUGAAAACAUUGAUGCCAUCUGCGAGGUCCAGACCAACUUAGAUGACAAUACCUCCAGGUAUGUUUUUAAGGCACAGGAUACAUUUUGUCCCAGCAAGGUGUCUGAGCAACUUCUUGAAACACUUGAUCAGAGAGGAUUUCUAACUGAUGAUCUGCUCACCCUGUUUACCUCCAGCGUAACACGACUUGAACACGUUCACAUUCACAAUUCUCCAAGCAUCACUACUAAAGGCUUACGGGUGCUACGCUCUCACAAAAUUACGGAACUAGAAGCAACUGGUUUAAUGAAAGUAACUGUAAAUAACUUGAUUGGCUGCCUUGGGGAUUGGAGUCUCAGACAUUUACGUUUACUGAAUGUAGCUAAUAGUAUAUUUACCAGUAGUGGAAAGAUCUGUGUUGUUGUUGCUCUGUCAAAAUUAAAAAAUCUGCUCACUUUAAACGUAAGUAACACAGAGUUUAAUAGUCAUGGACUGGAAAUUGUGACAGAAGACUUGCAGCUGUUAGAAAACUUAGAUAUCUCUAAUACAAAAGUUGAGGACAUAACCCCUCUACGGAGAUGUAAAGAUAGACUGAAGUCUUUGGCUAUGUACAAUUUAAAGAAAAUUAGCAGUAAUGAGGUAGUUUCAGUGUUGAGUGAGCUGAACAAGUUGCGUUAUCUAGAUAUUUCAGAAGAUAAAGACCACCAAGCCCUGGACAUGCAAGAUCCUUUGAAGUAUAGAGUGUCUGAACUUUUACAUCAGACAGAAUCUCUCCCACAUAUAACGUCACUAGAUAUUUCAGGGAAAGAAGGCAUUUACAUUGAUGAUCUGAGGGCAUUUCUUCGGUCACAUCCCAAGAGCUUUCUUGGAUUAGUACAAACUGAUGUUUGCUUUGAUGACAUGUUUACAAGAGAAAGCUCAGAAAUGUAUAAUCCAAAUUUAGUGGUGACAGGAAGUGCAAGAGAAUCUCAUAUUUUAGAAGCAUUAAGAAGAUACUCUCUAAGGCCUUUGUAUAUACAGAAGUCAUUAUAUUACUUGUACAAUUACACACAGAGUUAUUCAGAGCCGAGAGCUGAUGUGAUCAAACUCAUUCUUCCAGGGAUGAGGAAACAUCCCAGAGUUCUAGCAAUUCAGAUGGCAGCUACAGCUUGCCUAUAUAACUUGUCCAAAGGAAACCUUGGCCAAAAGAUUCAUCCCCGCUGGCUUGGAGAAAUUGUUGAUCUCACACUUACAGCCAUGGAAAAUUAUCCUACGCACCAACAGCUUCAGAAAAACACACUUUUGACACUCUGUAGCGACAGAAUUCUCCAAGAUGUGAGUUUUGACAAAUACCGUUGUGCAAAGCUGGUGAUGGAAUCCCUUGUUGCAUUUGAUGAUCCAUCUAUGAAUAGAAUGUCGGUAGCAAUUUGCUCAAUUCUAGCAGCAAAAAUAUCUACAGCAGAAACAUCAUGUCUUGGUGCCAAGCCUUCUUUCAUGGAACGACUGUUGAAUAUUGUCCAGUCCAAAAUGGAUGAACCUGAAGUAGACAUAAUGAUGAAGUUUACUUUAAGCGCCUUAUGGAACUUAACAGACGAAUCUCCAAGUACGUGUGCUGUUUUCCUAGAUAUGAAAGGACUGGAUUUGUUUUUGAAAGUUUUGAAGAAAUUCCAAGGACAGAGUGCAGUGGAAACCAAAGUGUUAGGUCUUGUGAACAACAUUGCAGAAGUAGCACAUCUGAGGCAGGACUUGAUGGUAGAAGAUUUUUUGGAUGUUCUCAGGUUGUUG